CCACGUGUCACAAAUAUUCGUUCGAUCGAACGUCUCAUUAAGGAAUUCUAAUUACAUUAACAAUCUUCUUCAACGCAUUUAAACACCAAAAUUACAGCAAAUUAAAAGCAUCAACGAGCCAUGAUCACUUCAAAUAACAUUAAUAAUAUUGCUGGGAACUGGAAUAAGGAAUUAACAAAAGGUUUGGUUUGAAGUUCUUGUUUAAUAAGAGGUCUGAACAGGAUCAGCAUAGCUCGUUGAUUCCCAAACGAACCACAUUAUAAUAUUCAAAUAAAGUUAACCAUGAUAAAUUAAAUAAAUGGAGAAAAAAGUGCUAAUCACAAAAGAAACUAGUUAAUAAACCCCAUCGUCCAUAAUCAACAAACUCCCCACGUCUCCAAAUCACCUUUUUAAUUGUCAAUUAUUGUUAUUGGUUAAGGUUCGAUCGAACCCCCUCCAAAACAAUUGCCUAAUUAUAACGCAAAUCGGGUCGGGUUGGGUAAUUUUGGGUUGGGAAUUUCGGUUACGGGUCGGGUCAUAAUUGGUUGGCUUAUUCGGGUCAAAUAUUGACCCAACCCAUUCGGUUUCGGGUCGGGUUACAGGUCAUUUCGGGUUAUGAGCGUUCUCGGAAACAAUAUUAAACAUGCUUCAUAUUUUCUUAAAGAACACAAAUUUUCACAUAUGCAUGACAAUAGUUUACGUAACACAUGUCAAUUAACAUAUUCUCAAAUCCUCCCAUGCUAAUGAAAUGAAAUAUAAAUUGUGCAAAUCGUCAAAAAACAAUCACAAGAGUAAUACUACUACAAGAAACACAUGAUAUUUGAUUAUCCUUAAACUCCAAACAUGUCAUUCAAAUAUUUGUGAUUUUCUUAAAACAUCUCACCAAUUUAUGACUGAUUUUAUCAUAUUUUGGGAGUAAUAUAUUAAAUGGAACGAGUCUAACAGGUCGACUUGCUAACCCACCCAACCCGACCCAAAAAAUCAUGGAUUAUCGGGUUCGGAUCAUUCGGAUUACAAAAAUGUCUAGUUUUCAGGUGGUUUCAAAUCGAGUCAACGGGUUGGUUUGUAAUUUGUCAGGUCUACAUAUCCAUGACCAGAAGCCUACAUUUGACUAAUGAUUAAUUAAUGACAUAUUUACAGAUUUUUUUGGGGGAGGGUGGGGGGGGGAUAUAAUUAUUUAUGGAAUUCUUUUAUUUCUAGAAAGAGGGAAGUGGCAAGAAAGUAGCGUAGGCCAUUGGAGAUGGAGAUUACUCUCUCGCUCUCUGCAUGCAUCAUGCUGACGCUACCCAAAUUCGCGUCACCUUCUUACGUCAGCACCCCCAGAUUAGUGAUGAAUUAGUGCCCCAAAACAAAAACAAUCCUUUUUCAUUCAUUUUUCUUUUAAAUUAAAAAAAAAUAUAUGAAUCUUCCAUCUGUCCUUCCUAUUUCCUUUCAUUUCUUCUCCCCACAGGACAAUUUAUUCUACAGAUCCUUCCUCCUCCCUUCCUUCACUUUGCUCCUCUCUUUCUUUCCCUCCCUCCAAAAUCCCCACAAACACAACAAUCUCUCUAUAUAACCAAAAAGCCAAAAAAAAUCCUCUGUACUUCAUCACUUUCCACACACACCCAAACCAGUGAAAAAAAGAAGAAAGCUUUCCUCAUCUCUUGCCAUUUCCAGCCACUACCCAUCUCUCCAAACAUCCUGCUCUCCAAUGGGUACUUCCUAUUUCAGCCAAAAUCCCACCACACAGGGCGGGAAGAAGCAGGAGAUCACCAUCAUCAAAGAGCUUGUCCAGGGCCAGGAAUUCACUUCCCAGCUCCAGCUCCUCCUGCAAACCCAGUCCACAAAUGGAGGAGGAGAUCUUCAGUACUGUUACUCGUCCACAACUACUGAACUUCUUCACAAGAUCUCGAGGUCCUUCACUGAUGCCAUCUCUGCUCUCAGCACCGCUGCUAAUGGCAGUAGUGAUCAUGAGAAUUUUCAAGCUGUUUCUCACGGGGAGCAGCAGUCGUCUGCCGGAUCCGGCCCGUUCGAGGAAGACUCCGGCGAGAGCCGGAAGAGGCCGGCGGCGGCGGUGGGGAAGAGUGGUGCCGCCGGGAGGGACAACCGGGGGACGUACAAAAGAAGGAAGGCUGGCCACUCCAGCGUAAUAAUCUCGCCGUCGUUUUCACAAGACGGCCAUGGUUGGAGGAAGUAUGGACAGAAGGAGAUUCUCCAUGCCAAAUUCCCUAGGAGCUACUUUAGAUGCACUCACAAGCACGAGCAAGGUUGCAAAGCCACGAAGCAAGUGCAGCGGCUCGAACAGGAAGACGAGAUGUACUCCAUAACUUACCUCGGCCACCACACUUGUGAAAAUGCCCUGGCGGCGGCGGCGGCAGUUCUUCCACCGGUCGUGGAUGCUAGCGCCACCGCGGCGGCGGUAACGCCGAGUGUGAAGCAAGAGGUUUCUAAUAACAAUGAAGAGAGCCCGAGCGGGGUGACGGUUGAUAACAAUGAGGUGAUGAUUGGGAAUGAUGGGAACAUGACCAUGUGGCAGGAUUUCGUGUCGUUCGAUCUGGAAGCUGAGGAGGCGGUUAGCAACUACGGGUACGAUUAUGGUAAUUACGAUUUUCAUGGCCAUAAUGUCGCUUCUGAUUCCGGAAUUUUGGAUUUGAAGUUUUCGGUCAAGGACAUUGAUUUCGACGAUGGGUUCAGGUUUGAUUCUGAACAGAGCUGUGGGUUCUUCUAGGGUUUUUUUUUUUUUUUUUUUUUGUAUAAUUAGUACAAUGUGUAAUUAUUGUUGUAAGUUAAAAGUACUGGUUUUGCAAGAGUAACUAGCUAUAUAGGAAAGGAUGGAUGAAUGUCCCUUUUCAGUUACGUACCACCCAAGUUUCUGAAAUUUGUGCGAUGUUAGCUAUAUAUAUACUAUGUAUGGUACCAAAAUGUGGCAAUUAUAUAUGUGGAGAAUAUUGAAUUGAGUAUGAAGACAAAUUUCUUUUGUGGAAAUAUGAAAUAUUGUCAUGGAUGGUGGCUUUUCAACUUUUGCUGUGGGGUUGCCACUUUCUACUCAAUCCAAAAGGUCAGGCUAAAAUUCACAUGCUGGGAUAAAAGGUCUGAGAAUCCAAACAAAAAAAUAAGGUGCAUGCAUCAUAUCAUAUGAUAAACAACUAGUUUCUCCUGUUCAUCAGUUUCAAGAACAAUGAUAUAAUUUUGAGGUUGCUCUCCUUGCUAGAAUAAGCUAGGUUUCAUGCAUGAUACUAUUGUGCCUAAUUUGGGGAUCAUCAUAUCUGCAUGUGAAGUCUGAAAUUACUUGCCCUCCAAAUAUAGAGAUGGGGUUCCUCAUACAUGAUUGGUAAUAUGCAAGAAAAAAAUUAUCUGGUGAGUAAGAUUUAAGAAUAAUAGUUUCGAACUUAUUCGUACUAUUCUAUAUUUGAGUCAAUCUAUUUUUUGUGGGUGGUGAAGGGGGAGUGUCGUACUCGGAGGGGGGAUUUGUGCUUUGUUGACCCAUAUCAUUCUUGUCUGUGUUUGUAAAACAUUAACCAAAUUACUUUUAAUUUUAUUUUUAAAACAUAGUAUUUUAUCUCUAACAUAGUUGUUAUUAUGUGAGCGCCUCUUUUUCUAAAAUAAUAUGACUUUUUUUAUCGUGUCAUAUUGUUCUCAUCAUGUUGGGGUAGUUUCCAUUUUUUUCGUCUCUGUUCGCCACCCUUUCGAUUCGGCGAGAGAUGUAUAGGAAAAGAUGAAUUUGAUGUAAUUUUACUUAGUAUUUGGGCCUCAAGGGAACAUGUCGAACAUAUGCAGAUAAACUUAAACUUUGUGCUAAAAGAAUAAUCCACAACCAACUCAAACGAGAAAAAGAGACCAGGAAUCGCCUGGAGAAAUUUGAAAACAUGAUUCGUUAUGAAGACAGAAGGGGAGGAAGGAGAUAAGACAAUAUUCAUACGAACCAAUUAAAUAUUUAGACGGCAGCUAAGAGACAAGACAAUCAACUUCUAUAGAUGGAGAGUCGAGCUUGGCAUGCAUACACAAUGCCUGAUGGUUAGAAAGUUGGAGUGUGAGUUAGUCACUGAGCGUCUAAGCCUCCCUCUAAAACGGUAUCUAAAUUGCACAUUUCUCGUAAACAAUGUAGAUGUCACUCAUGGAUUCUGGUCUAACCUCGAAUAGAAUUGUAAGUUCCUCUAGAUUUUGCUACCGAUGAAUGAAUGUCAUGUACCACUCAAGUUUCUGAAAUUUGUGUUAUGUUUGCAUAAAUACAUAUUACUUACUAUGUGUACGGUAGUGUAUCAAUACGAGAAUUCUGUGCUCGUGGAAAAUUGAAUAAGAGAAAUGGUUCUUUUGUUGUAGCAUGAAAACUUAUCAUCUUCGAUGAUGGCUCAAUCCAAAACUUAUCAACUUUAGUGUGGGGUUCCCAGUUUGGAGUUCGACUCAAUCCAAAACAUCAAACUGACUCACGCGGUGGUGAUAAGGGUCUGCGAAUCCGAACAGAUACAGUGCAUGCUUCGUCUGAUUCUGAGGUGCAAGCUCCAUGGUUGGAUCUUGUUCAGGGCCCAUAGAGUUAUGGGCUGAACAGGUUAAUGGGCUCAUUACACAAACUUAUUAUUAGCUAGCGGUCUGUACUUGUUAUUGGCAAAUUUUUUUAUAUGUUCCGAUCAGUUUGGAGUGAGUAUUACUACUUAUAGUAGCGUGAAGCGCGGGGAAUAUUGAGGAUUACUUCUUAUUUGUCUCGCUUUUGCCUCCGCUCUAUCAUAAUUUACUAGCUUAGCGCCCGGCCGUUGGCUGGAUUACCAACAAUUUGCCGAAUUACUGAUAAUUUUCAAUAUAAGUAUAUUUAUAUUUUAAUUUUAUAUAAACUAAUCUGUGGCAAGCAAGAUAAGGAAUUGCAUAUGUUGUUUCUAUAGCUACCUCAAUAAUUUGUUCAAUCCAACUCAUAUCAAUUUUAUUUUACUUAUAUCAAUGCAAUGUAUUUGCAAUUGCAUAUGGUCUUAAAUGAUGUUAAAAAGAAGGAAAAAAACAGAAAAUUCUGUUGUGGAAGCCCAUCAUCUCCUUAUUAGGUCAUCUAGACUUUCAUGUGUAAUUGUAUUUGUUGCAAUAUUGUAAAUAUGAAUGAAUGAUUGCAUCAAUGAAAUAAAAAAUAUAACAUCGUUGUAUAAAAAAAAUUGAGUUGCAAAAAUAAAAGGAGAGAAUCCAAACAGAUGUAUUCUUGUCAAUUAGGCACCUCUUCAAAUGCAUGUGUUGCAAGGGGUUUUUGAAAGUUGAGAUUCUAAAAGUUGUAUUCAAUAAAUAUUUGUAUUCCCAAAAUGUAUGUGGAAGUGUCAAAAUGUAAAACAAUAUAUUUAUUAUUUUGUGUAGAUCUCACAUAUAAUCAACAAAAAAUAAGAAUUGUUUAGUUGAGAUAGUUUUGAUUGUUGGUUUUAGAUUUGAGUCCCAUUUUAUUUAUAUUCCUGUAAUUUUUAUGUUAUACUAAAAUUAGAGGAUAUAUGUGAGUCCCAUAAUUUAACUUUAUGUUAAUCAUAUACAACUACAACCUGAACAACUAAAUAAUGUAAUGUCAAAAUAUAUCUAUUACACCAACACAUAUAUCUAAAGUAUAGUGAUUUAUUACAAUACAAAGAUUUAACAUAUACAACUUCCAAACAACUCCUACAAAAAAUGAAUGCGGUGGGUUGAGUGAAGGUCGAAUUUUGUGAUGUGGCGGGUUAAAAUUGGGUGAGUCAGCAGUUCUGUUUGCCACGUCAGCAAUUGACUGACGGUGUUGAUGGAGACUAACGGAGAGUGACUAAACGUGGACCAUUUUACUAAUUCGAGUGACCACUAAUGGAUUUAAAUAUUUCGAGUGACUAAACAUGAACGUUUUUAGAAAACUCAGUGACCAAACUUGCAAUUAACCCCUCUUAAAUUAUGUUAAAAAGAAGGAAAAAACAGAAAAUUCUGCUGUGGAAGCCCAUCAUCUCCUUAUUAGGUCAUCUAGACUUUCAUGUCUAAUGGUAUUUGUUGCAAUAUUGUAAAUAUGAAUGAAUGAUUGCAUCAAUG